AUGGAGAUGAAUCCAAAGCUUACAACCAUAAGAACAGUCCUUAUGAAAAGCUUUGAUGGUCUACCGUACCACCUCAAGUCUUGUUUCCUGUAUACAUCUAUCUUUUCUGAAGACCGUAAGCUUGAACGGAGACGCUUGGUGCUUCGGUGGACUGCGGAGGGGUACUCAAAGGAGGUGCGUGAUAAGUCGGCAGAGGAAGUAUCAGAUGGCUACUUCAUGGAACUUAUAGGCACGAGCAUGAUACUGCCAUCUCAAAAAUCAUUUCACAGUAUAAAAGGAAUUGAUUCCUGCCAAGUCCAUGAUCUCAUUCGUGAGAUAAGCAUCUCAAAGUCUGUGGAAGAAAACCUUGUAUUGAGGCUGGACAAAGGUUGUAAGCUGAAUAGCCAGCAGGGCAGUGCACGCCAUCUUGCUAUAAACGGCAAUUGGGAAGGAGAGCAAAGUGAUUUUGAGAGGAUGGUGGAUAUACCCCGUGUACGGUCAGUAACUGUUUUUGGGAAGUGGAGGCCAUUCUUCAUGUCGGUGAAGAUGAGGAUGCUACGAGUUGUGGACUUGGAAGACACGACAGGUCUUGUCGAUCAUCACAUUAAACAUAUUGGGAAGCUUCUUCACCUAAUAUACUUAUCUCUGAGAGGAUGUAAAGAUAUUUGUCACCUGCCAGAUUCAAUUGGUAACAUGAUACAACUCCAGACACUGGAUAUCAGAGGUACAUCCAUAGUGAUACUGCCGAGAAGCAUCGUCAAGCUUCGGAAGCUGCAAUAUCUUGGUUGCAGUAACAAGCUAAUUAGUUCACAGCGUUAUUUGGAGGCAUGCAUGUUUUUUUGUAUUGGACGUUGCAUACCUUGUGAAGGAAUGGAAAAACAUGACUCCAACCAGCGUGAUGUAUGCACCUUCACAUGCUGCGCGGCAAUCCCUGUUCUGAUGAGUGGGUAUGGCAAUGGUGGUGGCAUGAGGGUGCCAAGAGGGAUCAGGACGAUGAAUGCCCUGCAUACGUUACAGGGCGUGGACCUCCUCGCAUCCGGAGGCAUUGCUUUUCUGCGGAACAUCAAAGGACUCAUGGGGCUGCGAGUGGUCCGCCUACAAGAGAAGAAUACUUCAGAGUUUUGUGCCGUGGUUUCCAGUCUCAACCUCCUAGAGUCAUUGUCAGUGACUCCAGACCGUGGACACGAGUUGCUACUGGAUGGCAUUUCCUCGCCUCCAAGUAACCUCCGGAACCUCAAGCUGGAGGUUAUAAGGUACUCCAUUGUAUGCACGCCCAAAUUUCCGGAAUGGCUCAAGAAGCUUGAGAACCUUGUAAAGUUGAAGAUCGGGUUCGGAACGUCCGGCCAAGUGGAGCAGGAUGGUGCGAUACGAGCCCUGGGGAAUCUGCCAAACCUAGCCGUUCUGCGUCUCGAUGUGAUCUAUUUCAAUGCUGAAGACCUACAUUUUGGGGCGGAGGAAUUCCGGAGCCUCAUCGUGCUGCAACUUGGAAGCACAGAGAAAAUGAGGUUGGUUGAGUAUGAGCUCUCUUAA